GCGCCAUGAGCGAGUGACUUAAAUAUGCUUCCUUGACGCUCCGACUUCUUCAGCCAUUCCCGAAGUCUGUUCUAUUUCCAGUACAGCUCAUUGAAACCCUCCAACUCUAGUCAUCAUGUCGAAUGCACACGCCCAGGCAGGACUUGCCACACUAGACUCCUCCAUGGCGGAGCGACUUCCACCCGUCAGCCAAACGCUGUUCGGUGCCAAAGCGGUCACAGGCAUCAGUUUUGAAGACAUGGCCAAAGAACUUGGCCGAAGUGAAGUGGCUGUGGCUGGCAUGUUCUACGGUCAGGUUCAGGCAUCGGCUGAGGAUGUUUUCAAGUUGUCCCAGUUAUUACAGGUGUCCCAGGAGAGUCUCGCCCCGUUGAUGGCUUUUCCCAACCGGGGCCAUGCGGGACCCAUGCCUCCUGUCGAGCCCCUCAUUUAUCGCUUGUAUGAAGUGGUUCAGAACUACGGCUAUGCCUUCAAAGCCGUAAUGAACGAGAAAUCCGGCGAUGGCAUAAUGAGCGCCAUCGCCUUCAACACCAAGGUUGAAAAGGAAGUCGACGAGGCUGGCAAUCCCUGGGUAGUAAUCACCUUGAAGGGUAAAUGGCUUCCAUUCACCCGCUUCUAGAACAAUACUUUGCCAUGUCACACGGGAUCGUCAUUAUCCUGUUGGGAGUUUUGUUCAGGCAAGAGUUGCCCCUUUUUGUGUCGCUAGUGAAUUAUGAGCUCUCACAGCCCUCAUCUGCACCUACUGGUCUUUGUGGCAAAGCUGCCAUCUCUACCUGAACAAAGGCUCAGCUGGACCUAGGCUGGAAGAUAUCCUGACGAGUGACUUGAUUGAUGAACAAUAUGAAAACUUUGGAGAACAA